AUGGAGAAAGAAGGAAUGCUUAAUAAAACAGUAAAAGUAGAGGGCAGAACAUUAAGGACCAUUUUUUUGCUUAUUCAAGCAAUUCUAGCUUAUAAAUUUAUACCUCUAAAACAUGGAGGCCAAAAAGCUGUGCAUGUGGCACUUCUAGGCAUAGCUAUGGUAAUAGGAGCUCCUGGGAUAUAUGCAAUCUUUAAAUUCCAGAAAGAGACCAGAACUUCCAGAGGCAUGUACAGCUUGCAUUCUUGGCUAGGCCUUAGUACCAUCAUUUUGUUCAUUUUUCAGUGGGUUAUAGGAUUAUGUGUUUUCUUGUACCCUCGUUUGCCAGACAAGAGAAGAGCCAUAUUUUUGCCUCGCCACAAAAUUGCUGGGCUCUUCAUUUAUGGGAUUGCAAUAUUCACAGCUGUGACUGGAUUUACAGAGAAACUUUUACUGUUUGAAGUGAGAGGGUUAAAUCAAUUUGGGGCAGAAGCCAUGCUUGUGAAUGCUACUGCAGUUAUUACAAUACUCUUUGGCAUGUUUGUUGUUUUGUCUGCUCUUCUACCAUGA